CCCAACUAUCUGCAGACAGAACGCAGAUUCCCCCAAAACAAAACAAAACAAAACAAAAACAGUCCGGUUAUUCAGCGGCCAACCAACCGGCGAUUCUUCGAGCUCCUCUCCGGCGACGCCACCUUGCCAAAGAUUCUCCAUCUCCAUCUUCUUCAACACUCUUUCUUCUAGGUAAAUCAAACUUCAUUUCAUCUCAUAUUUAAUUUAGGGUUUAGAAUGUAAAAAUUUUGAAUUUUUAGAUUAUGAAUUGAUUUGUUGUGAAACGUGGAUAUGUAUGACAUGUUGAGUUUUAAUGUUGAAUUAAAUGUAAUAUUUUGAUUUUGUUGUGGAUUUGUUGUGUAUUAUUAAUGUGAAUUUUAAUACAAAAUUUUGAUUUUCUUUUUAUGUAAUAUUUUGCCAUUGUUAGGUGUAUACUUAUCCUAUAGGAUUUGCUUAAAUAUGAGAGUUUUUUAAUAUGUUGUUAUGUGUAUGAAAUGAUUAAUUUGGGUGUAUAAAGUGUGUUUAUUAAUGUGUACUCAUCAAAUAUGGACAUGUAUUGUUAUUAGAAUAUGGAUUUCUCCAACUUCUCAAUCGUGUGUCAUUGGGGAGGGAACUAUUUGAGGAAGCAGGGCAAAUACGCUAUGAAGGUGGUAGCAGAAGGAUUGUAAUUGUUUCUCGUGGCGCAUGUUUGCUUGAGAUGCUGCAAAAAAUCCAUGUAACUACACAGAUUCCUCCGACCCGUUCUUUGCAAUUGAAAGUGAAAUAUCUCCUUCACGGGGGAUCAUACAUGAUUAUGCCACUUGAUGAUGAGGAAGUUGGCACGGAAAUGUGGAUGAUACUUCAGAUGAUGAAUAUGUCCACAAUGGAGAUUUACCUUGCAGAAUCCAUAGGUGACGCUUUUAUAACUCCCUCAACUUCAAAUGUUGUUGUAUCUAGGCAUAGUGUCAAAGCAAAGGCCUCCUCAAAUGCUGUUAUUCUAGACAUGGUUGUAGAGGAAGAUGGGAGGUAUUUGCACAAUGGUGCAUCCUUUUUGGAUGGCCAGGGAACUGAUGAUGAUGCUGAUGAUAACAUCAAUGAUGAUGAAAUGACAGAAUCUGAUGAAGAUGAUGACGAUACUGUGACCGCAACUACUUCGUCUAGCCACUACGCUAGAGUAUAUGAUCUCCCAUCCGGCUUUGAUGAUGCGUGCAGCAGUGGAACAUGUGUGAACAGGUUUACACGAGACGGUGAGUUUGCGGUUGGUUAACAAUUUGACAACAAAGAACAACUAAUCAAUAUGGUGAGCUUGUAUUCUAUCAAACGCAACCAGUUUUAUCGUGUCCUGGAGUCAGAUAAACAUAAAUGGGUUGUAGAGUGAAAGAGAAAGAAGGGACGUGAUUGAACUUGGAGAAUACGGGCCACCAAGAAACAUGCAAACCUCGACAUGUUCAUAGUUGUGCGUUAUCCUGGACCUCAUUCCGAUACUUGUGUUGGCAACAACGACCGUGAUGAUCAUGUGGCGAUUACUUCUGAUUUUAUUGCCCGAGAUGUUAUUGACCUUAUUCGCACUGAUCCAUCCCUUAAGGUCCAUACUAUUAUUGAGUUGCUGAAGGAAAAGUAUGGUUAUACGGUUUCGUACAAAUGCACAUGGUUGGGUAAACAAAAGGCCAUUGAUGAAAUUUUUGGAGGUUGGGAGAAGUCCUAUUCUGAAUUGCCCUAUUUCAUGGCAGCACUCCAGCAUUCCAAUCUGAAGGCAAUUGUGCACUGGUACCCACCCCUUACAGGUCCAACUGAGUGUGUCCAUUUUCAUAGAGUCUUUUGGGCUUUCAAGCCUUCUAUUCAUGAUUUUAAGCAUUGUCGACCUGUUUUGACUAUUGAUGACACACACCUGUAUGGGAAAUAUAAGGUACAUUACUCGUGGCUAUGGGUAGCGAUGCAAACAACCAACUCUUUCCCGUGGACUUUAUAGUAUGUGAAUCAGAGAAUGAUGAUAAUUGACCAUGAUUUAUGGCAUGCAUUAGGGAGUUUGUAACAAAAAGGGAAUUAUGUGUCAUUUCUGAUCGACAUGCAGGUGUUAUAAAGGCUAUGAUGGAGGUGGGGAGUAGUUGGGAGGAGCCCUUUGCGCACCAUAGGCUAUGUAUGCGCCAUCUUGCAUCGAAUGUGCACAUCCAUUUCAAAGACAUUCACUUGAAGAAUUUGUUUGUUUGGACUGCAUGACAUCGUUAGAAAAAAAAGUUUGAUGGUGGGUUCAACAAGAUAGGGGAAAUGCGGGUGGAGGCGAGACAGUUUCUGAGGAACAUUCCUCUGCAAAUGUGGUCAUUACACCAUGAUGAGGGUACAAAUAUGGUACCACAACUUCUAAUAUGGCUGAGGUGUUCAACAGUGUGAUGAAAAGAGUCUCAUACUUGCCCAUCACAACUUUGGUACAAAUUUCCUUUUUUGUGGCUAGACGUGAAAGUAGUAAAAGGAGAGUGACAGAAGGCCACAACUACUCCCCAUACAUAACAGACAUCAUUGACAAGAAUAAGGACAAGGCCAAACACCACACAGUCACUGCAUUUGAUAUAGGCCGAGGGCUAUAUGGAGAGCACUUGUGCUGUUGAUAUGCUUUGACAUUGUUGAGCUUCAUUUGCCUGAUCGUGUUAUGCGGCAGUUUGGCUAUGAGCAGGUCAUUCCAGCACCUGUCGACACAUUUGUAGAUCUUCAUAAGUUGGAUAGGCGUGGGGAGCCUAUAGAGGAUUGGUCGCUUAGACAUGCCCGAUAUGUGGCUAUAUGGGAUAGGCGAGCAGAGCUUGUUGUGACUGGGACGCCGACAUUUGUCCCAUCUGUUUCUGCAUGCUAUAUGAGAUGGUAUUAUAGCAUCAUGCGGGUGUUUGUCUCUCCAUCUUUCUGACUCCCUACUCACCAUUAUCAGCCUAGUUCCAUGGCUUUGCACUUGACGACACGGGCUUUGCAGCAUAUACAUGAACGAGCGACUGCCACAGUCAGUGAGACGCAUGACGUGGACAUGCACGAUUAGAUUCUGACGAACAUUGCUUCCUUGUGUUCGCAUGUGUUGGGCUUAGUGGACUAUGGCCAUCUUAUACAUAUGACCCCCUCUCAGGAUUCUACGCCAUCGACAUCUACAGUAGCAACAACUUCUACAUCUUAGACUCAGCGUGACAGAGUUGUUCUUCAGUCGCGUCAGCGGCGUAGGCGUAUACGUCAACAGCCACACCUCCAUGACUAGGACGACCAAGAAGACCUUCAAAACUUGUAGUUUGUCUCCAUUAUUGGACUUGUUCAUGUACCCCGAAUGUUGUAAUUUUUUUAAUCUGUGAAACACUUUACUUUAUGACGUAUGUCCAC